AUGGAGCCGUUCGUCACAGUCGAUUGGGGCACGGAUCCCGAUCUGGCCAAGUUCAUGGAUGAUUUCUUGGCUGGUCGGGAUCAAGGUUUUUGGGACUUCACUUUGGACCCUCCUGUGCCCGAAGAGGAUGGGUCUGCGGGCACGACGAACGUAGUGUCACAGCCUUCUGACGGGCAGCACCUUCAACCAUCCAUUGUGCCGCCCUCGCUCAAGUGGAUACACACUACUGGACCAAUACCAAACUCUGCGUCCGGCUUGCCUAAGGGGCACAUGAAGGACAGCAAGCGCCUUGACGAGGCUCUGUUGUGGGAUCGUGUUGUACUGGGCGAACCUACAAGCACCAAAUUGGCUUCACUCGAAGAUUUUGUCGACGGUGAGACUGCUGUCAGCUUGCGGAGUCAGACGAGCAGCCGUCGUUUAAUUCAGCUGGAGCAGAGCUCCCGAACGUAUUGGCCAGAACUCUGUGGCCCAGCAAGCAUGGACAGUGAUGGGUUCGAGCCUAUCGGUCGAAUACUGAAGCGCCUCACGGUAGGUUCCCGGCAGAUCAGUGGCGAUGGGGCCCAGGAAUCGAUCUUGAGCAAAGAACAUCGCAUGAUUAACAGUCAACACCCUGGUCCGAAUCGACGCGUUACAGUAGAGUCAGUAGAGUUGCGGAACCGGACUCCUGUGACUAGCACUGGGGAAAGUUUACAGCCCAUAUUGUACGACCUAACGUGCAAUCCGCUCGAUGGCGUCAUCGUGUUACUGAAGAGGGAGGACUUGGGCUCCAUCAUUGGGACAACAAGAUUUCAAACCGGACCAGACAUGCAUGUCAUGUCCGACAUAACAAUGUUUCCCACUCUACUUGCUAGAGUAUGGCGCCAGGCUCAAUCCAGACCUACAGGCAACAGGAUCAACAAUGCUUCAGAAUCAUUCGCAUGGUUGUGGGACUGGACCGACGAGGGAAAACGGUUUGCGAAACACGAUUCUGCCGAAAAGGCUAUCUGCCUUGGCGACUACCAAUAUCAUCUCAGAAACAUGGGUGCAACUGCAAUCAGCCUUCAUGCACACUGGCUGAACUACGUCUUUGUGACCAGCAUCCAAGAUGAAUUCUCCAUUGCAGUAAUCCGGCGGUGCUUGGAUUCUCGUGACGUGUUGCCCGGAGAGGUACCAGAAUGGGAUGUUACGAGGACAGGUCCCGGUCGUCAGACAUUUCAGCUUGGCCAUUGGGCUAAUGCGGCUCUGCUCUCGCUACCGACAUGUCGGGAUGUAGCAUGGUUUCUGAUAUUGCACAAGGGCUCUCUCGGACACAAAGUGAUCAGCAGUAUCACAAUCUUCCUACCAACACAAACGACGUCGGCUGGCGGCUGGUGCAAGGGCCACUACAACAUGAGGGACUGGCCGUGCUUGCUCCUCGAGAUCAAAGAUAUUGCGGAUGACACAAUGCCAGAGGCGACUAAAGUACGCAAUGAGUGGCGUCUGAAAAAGGGUCCGGCCUUUCCCAAUGUUGAUUGCCCGCCCAUUCACUCUUGA